GGUAACCACCGAGCAAAAACUUAAGCAACGUAUACAUGAAUGUGAGCAAGCAGAGGAUAAAGCAGAAAUGGAAAUUUUCAAGCUAAAGUGCAGUGAGAAUAAUUACACUGAAAAACUUGAACUCUUCCAACAGCAAACUAUAAACCUUCAGAAUCAAAUAACUGAUUACAAACACAAAAUACAAGUCAAAGAAUCUGUAAUUGAGCCCUUACUACGGCAACUUGAACGACAUCGAAAAUUUGGAUUAGACGAAAUGCAGGAUACGCGUGAGAAAAUAAAUGCUCUACAGAGUAAAAACAACCAACUAGUACAAGACUUAGCAAAACACGAAGACAAAACUAAUGAAUAUUUAGAAUUGGAAAAUCAGAUAAAGGAAAUACAGAAGGAGCAAAGAACUUUGACGCAAAAACAGUCCAGCUAUAAAGAAGAUUGGGAGAAGCAAAAUAAAAAAAUGCAGAUUGAACUCGAUGAUUUCAGGAAUAAUAUGAUUAGAGACCUUAAAAAUGUAUGGAAACAAAAGGAAAGGGAGUAUAAAGAAAAAAUAGCGGAGCUAGAAUCAAAUCUGAAAAAAGAAAGGGAGAUAAGUAGAGAAUAUAUUUCACGUUUCGACAACAACAUAGGUUCAAUACGGUGCCUGCAUGAGAAUCUUAAGGAUCAAAUACAGGCAUUUUUGUAAAGGAGGAAGGUAUUACAGUUCCAAGAUUUAGAUGUAUGAGUUUCCUUUGGACAAUCCGGUUUGCACAUGUUAUAAGAACGACCUUAUUUCCACCGAUAGUUUGCCUCCCACCACUUCCCUUUCUACUUGUUUUCAAAAUUAUUUUAAGCAUUAAAGAAUUUCAAGAAUAAAAUAUAUUUUCAA